AUAGCAUGUGCUUCCCUUUAAUCCACCAUUAACCACCCCCACCCCCUUUCAACCCCACCCACCCGAAUCGAGGGAAUAAAAGACCAGCUCCUUUAUCCUUUGAUUUCCUCAUUCAGAUCUAUCAAAUGAAGCGGCAAUUCGACGGCGGAGAAACCGAUUGUGCUAAUUUUGCCGGCGGCGGUGAGUUGAAGAAGAAGAUGAAGCAAGUUAUAGAGUCGGAGGAAGAGAAAAAGUUGCCGAUGAAGCGGCAAUUCGACGCCGGAGAAACUACCUGCACAACCUCUGCCGGAGACGGUGACAUGAAGAAGAUGAAGAUGAAGAUGAAAACGAAGACGGAGGAGAUUAUAGAGUCGGACGCAGAAGCGGAGGCGGUGUUGUUGGAUGAGAAUCUGCUGUACGAAGUGCUGAAACACGUGGACGGGCGCACGUUAGCUACGGCAGCGUGCGUUAGCAAGCAGUGGAACCAGACGGCGCUAGAUGAGCGGCUCUGGGAGCUGAUCUGCACAAAGCACAACCGUAACCAACAGCAGCAGCUCCGCGCCGUCGUCCUGGCUCUCGGCGGUUUCCGAAGGCUCUACUCGCUUUACCUCUGGCCACUCUCAAAGCCGUCACCGUCUCCAUCGUCGUCUUCUUUGACUCCUCCAACUUCUGCCUGGCCUUGCCUUCCUCCGCCGCCUACUCGGUCGUUGAAAUACGCCGCUACGAACACUCGAUGGGGAAAAGAUGAAGUCAAUCUCUCGCUAUCGCUACUAUCGAUUCGGUAUUAUGAGAAGAUGAACUUCAAAGCUAAUAAAUCAACUUAAUUGAUAAUUCAAUUUCAAAAUUUAACAUUUUAUUAUCCUAAUUUUUCAGCUUAUGGUUUGCUUUUAUUGUGUUGCAACAUUUAUGCCUAUCAAUUAGAUCUAUUGAUUUGGAUCUACAACUGUUAUGUAUCAUAUGUAAGCUUUUGAAUCAAAACUUUUGAUAUUCCAAGCAGUUAAUGUAGAUUGAGUCC